UGGUGUCUUUUUGAAGUGAAUAGCUAUUUUCCAUAUUGGUUUAACUUGACAACUUCCGUCGGUUGCGUGGGAUGUUUAUAACAGAGGAAAUCGAUUCAAUCAAGUGCAGUAAGACACUCAAGCCCUCCCUGAAUGCUCGUUACUAACGGCAUCGCCGUGGGAUGUGAGGUUAAACAUCAAAUUACAAACGUACAAAGUCCAAGUGUGUUCAAAUUCAAUUCAUGUACACCGUGAGGUAUAGUUGUUAACCAGCACGUGAACAAAAGGUCAGGAUUGUGUGAUGAGGGACGGGGCAUUCCACCGGAAACUUUGUCAUCCGUGACAGAUGAAAAAGUCACGUGGUCACAAUCCUGUCGAGUGUUGCCAUUGUUAAAGUUUGUAAACAGAGCGUAAUAUGCACUUUCAAAUUGAUUGCAACACUGGUAACAUCCCGGUGUUAACAUUGAAAAGUCGAAUCACGGCAUCACGAUGAACGAGUGGAUGAUAUCUGGAUAUAAGGUUCGUUUUAAAUCCCACGAAGGCGAUGUUUAUGGUCGUUUGUACGACAUACUAACUUGGCUUGUACAAGUACAUUUAGAUGCUUUGUGUCUGUUUGGCUCGAUCUUGUUAACCCUUCAAGUUACAUGGAAGAAAUUUUUUUCUACUACGCAACAAGAAGUGAUUAACAGAGAUGAAUUUCUGCCUGCUCACGACUUUGAAAAUCGCUCGUUCACUGUUAGCGAGUUACAGCAAUACGACGGUAUCCAAGAUCAGAGGAUAUAUUUUGCGGUUAACGGCAAAGUGUUUGAUGCCACAUACACAAAGGACAUUCAGUAUUUUAUGGAUGGACCGUUCACUCAUCUUGCUGGUCGAGAUGCCAGCCGGGCUUUAGCAACCUUUUCUCUCAAUGAAAAGUUAACGAACAAAUCCGAAAUUGACGACUUGUCAGAUCUCAAUCCACUUCAAAUGGACAGCCUCUUUCACUGGGAAAUGCAGUGUGUAGAGAGAUAUCCCUGUGUGGGAAGACUUGUCAGAAGUCAUCAGCCACGUGCUCUUCAAAAUGCUUGCAUAAGGACAAUACGCGGUUGUAUGGGUGAACUGGGAGGUACUGCGAGAAAUAAGGCAGUUGAUGAACUUCCAUUACCGAGACCUAUCAAAAAUCAAAUCAUAUCUAUGAGAUAAUAAUUUUGGGACUGUAUUACUGCCGGUGUAUAAGGCAGUCUAUACUCAACCGGUCAGGCUGGCCAAUCAGAUUUUUAAAACAAAACUUAAGCCGGCGGCAAUUUUCUGGAAAUUUUGCGGCGGACUUUUCGCCGUAAUGAAACAGCAGAAUAGUAAAAUUCUUGCCUUCACGGGAUGUGAACCUUUUGUAUCAAAAGAAAUCGAAAGGCUACAAGGUUUUUGUUUUGCUUCACCACAAUCUUGCGUGGCCUAUCAGGUGGAACUCUGCCAUCUUGUUUUGGUAGUGAAGGGGCUGUGCCAUUUGUAAUCAAUGUUUACACGGGAUAAUAGUGGCAUUAAUCCAAGACUGGAUGAAUGCAAUUUGUAAAAACACAAAUUACGUGUAGAAAGGUAGAGAAUCGAGACUGAUUCAGUUCGUUCAAAUAUUCGAAACAGUUAGCAGCUGCACACCAGGCUUAAUAGUGUAUAAAGUAUUUUUAGAUCUUAAAUUUCAAUAACAAUAAAAAACAAUAAAGAAAGAUUAAAGAGGAA